AUGAGUGAUGCUAUUCCAGAAUUUGAUUUCUCGGAUAUUUUGAGCUCUAGGGAGGCUUCAGGUUCAAGCACCUUUGAAACUCACAACGACUUAACAAAUGCAGCGAGUCGCUCCAGAGUAAGUUCGCCGGCCCUCAAUGUUUUUGAAAACACGGGCUCCUCAAAGAAAAGAACGCGGGACCCACAAGUGGUACAUUUGUUGAAGAAAGUUAGCGUUCAGACCACACUGCUGUCAGUGAUUCUGCCUCUCUUCUCUUUGUUCAAGCUUCUUUUAAGUCGGCCUGAAUGGAAUGCGGCCAUGCUCAAGUGUCUCUUAGUGUACAUGUUUCUGUCGCAAGUUAGCUUGGUUGCAGGAUAUCACCGAUUUUUCACACAUGCAUCGUAUCAAUGUGAUCUUUCAGUACAGUCGGUGUUUGCGAUUUUGGGGGGCUCCUGUGGUUUGGGUUCUAUUCUCGACUUCUCCAGUCAGCAUUUGGCCCAUCAUCAUCAUGUCGAUACUGAAAGAGACCCACAUGCCAUUGUCGUACACGGUUGGCUGUUCGCACAGUGGGGCCAUAAGCUUUUUAAUGGAAAUCGUAAAUCCGCUCGAGCUGUUUUAGAAUGUCGCAACACUUUGGAAUCAACCGCAAGAGCCACUGCUGGUGACAAGACAAAAAAUGAUAUCGCUCCUCCAAGUUACGCUCUCUUGCGUUGGCAACACGAAAACUAUGCGGAGAUUUUGUUCCUCACCCUAGUUAUAAUACCAUGCAUUAUGGCUAAGUUCUUCGGUCUACCGUACUUGAGUGGAAUUUUUUAUUUGGGGCUAGUACGAAUGUCUUUGAUCCAACAGCAAUGGCUAAUCAUUGGUUUCCUGUGCCAUAUGAAACAUUUUCCCUUUGCGAAGCAACCCUUUGACAACUCUAGGUCUGCAAUCAAUUUACCUUUUGGUUUUCUUUGGGAUCUAAUCACUUUUGGGGAGUCCAAUCACAACUUUCAUCAUGAGUUCCCUGGAGACUAUAGAAAUGGACCAAAUAAAAUUCAGUGGGAUCCGUCGAGAUAUGCCAUUUUGCUUCUAUACUACCUUGGCUUCGCUGGCAAACUUCACUAUACCAGCCAAGACCAAAUUAACAAGUGCCUUAUCCAGCAGCAACAAAAGAAUUUGGACGAAGAAAGAUCCAAGCUACAAUGGGGUAUACCGUUAGACAAACUACCCGUUAUGCUUCCGGAGACUUUUGUUAGAUUAGCAAAACAAGAAUUUGAGACAAAAAAACGAGCUUUGGUAGCUAUUGAAGGUGUGAUUCACGACGUCACUCCAUUCAUAAAUGAUCAUCCCGGUGGUGUGGCGCUUGUGUGCACUAGCGUUGGCAAGGACGCGACACAAGCUUUUAAUGGCGCAGUUUAUCUGCACUCACAAGCGGCUCGAAAUCUUUUGGCAACUAUGCGGAUUGCAGUACUUGGACGCGGUCGUAUUGGCAUUGAACCAACAAUUUGGGAAAAGCAUAUGUUGGAGAGCAACAAUUUCAAAAAUGAUUCGAAGGGACGUGAGAUUGUAAGAAAUAAACAGCAGGUUACUUUCACAAACAAGAAUCAUUAUGCUGCCGGUGCAGCAUGA